CGGCGUGCGGGGCCGCCCCGGCGGGACCCCGGAGCGGACCAGGACCCUGAUACGGCGGAUCGGGAUGACGGUGGAGAUCUUACAACCCAAAGAAAAUGUCAAGACGCAGUAGCCGGUUGCAAGCCAAGCAGCAGCAGCCGCUGUCAUGUCAAGAAGAGUCUCCACAAGAACUGCAGGCACCAGAACACCUCCAGCCCAGAAAAAAGAGAACAGCAGAGCAGGAGACUAAGAAAAGAGAAGAUGGAAAAAUUGCUAAAAAGCAUCAAUAUGAGAUUAAGAGUUGUUGGCCGCCCACGAUAACAGGAGGCAUCUCACCUUGCAUAAUUAUUGAAACACCUCACAAAGAAUCAGUAACCACUGACUUCUCAAGAUUCAAAAAAUAUAGGUUCAGAAACCUCUUCAUAAAUCCAUCACCUUUGCCAGAACUCAACUGGGGAAAUUCCAAAGAUGUCUGGCUCAACAUCCUGAAGAAGGAGAACAGAUACGCUCAUUGCAAACAUUUCACGUCGCUACAUUCUAGUUUGCAACCUCACAUGAGAUCGAUACUGUUAGACUGGCUCUUAGAGGUAUGUGAGGUGUAUGCACUCCACAGGGAAACCUUCUACCUAGCUCAAGACUUUUUUGAUAGAUUCAUGUUGACGCAAAAGAACAUUAACAAGAGCAUGCUUCAGCUCAUAGGAAUUACCUCAUUAUUCAUUGCCUCCAAACUUGAGGAAAUCUACGCUCCUAAAAUACAGGAAUUUGCUUAUGUCACUGAUGGUGCUUGCAGUGAAGAUGAUAUUGUAAGAAUGGAACUUAUUAUGUUAAAGGCUUUAAAAUGGGAACUCUGUCCAGUGACGAUCGUCUCGUGGCUGAACCUCUAUCUUCAAGUGGACGCUCUGAAGGAUGUUCCGAAAGUGCUGCUACCUCAGUAUUCUCAGGAAAAAUUCAUUCAGAUAGCGCAGCUCCUAGACCUGUGUAUUCUGGAUGUGAAUUCUUUGGACUUCCAGUACAGAACACUAGCUGCUGCAGCGCUCUGCCACUAUACCUCAAUUGAAGUAGUUAAGAAAGCUUCAGGCUUGGACUGGGACAGCAUUUCAGAGUGUGUAGAAUGGAUGGUUCCCUUUGCCAGCGUCGCGAAGAAGGUCCCUGCGAAGCUGAAGAACUUCAAGAAAGUUGCAGUAGAAGAUCGACAUAAUAUCCAAACGCACACAAAUUACUUGGACAUGCUGGAAGAAGUUAACAGUGGAGCACCAUCUACUGCCCCAGGUCAGUUAUCACCCAUCUCAACAGGAGGAAUAAUAACCCCUCCCAAAAGCACAGAGAAGAAAUGAUGUGGACAACCCACACCAUGGACAAUUUCAGACACAGGACCUGGUGCUUUGGAACAAGACCACACUGCAGGUGCCUCGUGUUCUUUACUGCUGCUCAAUGCGGGCAUCAAAUUGAGCAGCAGGUGGAAAUUGAGACCUGUGUCUUCCUAGAGACUUGAGAAAAGCUUCAGGCCAAGGGUGCCUCCAGGCUGCCACAGGAGCCUGAGCUACAUUGGUCUAUUCUCAGACACCUCUAACCAUUCCUAACUUAAGAAUUUCAGGAACUUUUAAAAAAUGGCUGAGUGGCAGUUUGUCCACUCAACUUACAUCCCCAACUCCCUUUAACUGGGGCUAGCCCUACAGGAGAACCUAAUGACAGCUUGUACAUAUUACCUCUUCUUGACUUGUUUUUCUUCUUUUCUUGGUAAGGUCAGUUAGUCACCCCUGUGUCCUGGCAUCCGGGGGUAAGCUGUUCACUCUUCUGAAACCACUCUGCCCUUGCAUUACAGCGUAGCCAGCCUGGUAUCAAAUUCUAGUGCCACAGGAGGCUGAGAAUUGAAGGUGGCCCUUCAGGGCCACCAUGAACUUCAGUUCUAGUGUAGCACUGACCUCAGGUAAGAGUACAAGCAACAAACACGCUCCUGAAGUGCCCCUAACUGGAAGCAGUCUGGUCCAUGAAGGAGGGGGUUCUCUCUUACAAGAUGCAGCCACCACCUCUCAACAAGACCAUGGGAGAAGAAGGGGAGGGGGUAUGGGGAGAAGCGAGCUGCUGGUACUCUACAACCACUCAUGUCAUAGGAACAGUAUUUUAAACUAACUGUGGAGCUGUAUUUUAUCAGUGUUUAUAAACAGCAUUAACUACUGUUUUCUCCUUGGAAUAUUUCACUACCUCUGUGUAUGAGGUGCUUCACUUCUGUGCUGAAGUGACAGUUCUGGGAAUGAUGGGUAUCAGCCCUCCUCCCUCUUUCAAGGUGCUCCUACCUGUGCCCCCAGCCAGGGACACGCUCUCUGUGACGUUAUGCUGUCCACAAAGCUGCACUAGAGCAUCAGGUGCCACUCCAUGCCCCAUUAAAGUCUCGCUAACCUCGCAAACUUGAAUGCAUGUCUUCUUCAAACAAGCCAUUGCAGAACUAGCUGAAGUUGCUUCCAGCCUUCUGUACAAUUUGUAAAAAUAAGGGGUUUAUUGUAAGAUUUCAUUUAUUUCUAAAAAGAAAGAUACUAGACUGUAAAUGUUGUAUAAAAAUUUAAAUGAAUUUAAAAAAUAAAGUCUUGACAGAUGUUUUUUCACUUCCA